AAUCAGCUCUCGACUGCUGUUCUCCAGCUGACGGCGUGGUGCACACUUGGCGAACUAAGGGCAAAACAAUCGCGGCGAUCAUGGCAUCGGACAACCUGACAGCCGUCCUGUACAAGGUCAAUGAUUUGCGACUGGAAAAAAGAUCAAUACCUGAACCAGAGGAUCAUGAGGUUCUUUUGGAAAUGGGCAGCGUUGGUAUUUGCGGGUCCGACGUGCACUAUUUGGUCAAUGGAGCUAUUGGAGAUUUUGUUGUGAGGGCUCCGAUGGUGAUGGGACACGAAGCAAGCGGCACUGUGGCCAAGGUUGGGAAAAAUGUCAAGAACCUCAAAGUUGGCGACAGAGUUGCCAUCGAGCCAGGCGUCCCCUGCAAAACUUGUGAAUAUUGCAAACACGGCCGCUAUAAUUUGUGUGCCGACAUAAUUUUUUGCGCAACCCCACCUUGCCAUGGAAACCUGUGCCAGUACUACACGCAUUCAGCUGACUUUUGCUACAAACUUCCAGAUCACGUUUCAAUGGAGGAAGGCGCGCUUUUGGAGCCACUUUCGGUUGGAGUGCACGCCUGUCGAAGGGCAGAUGUCAAGUUGGGGUCAACCGUGUUGGUCACUGGCGCUGGACCCAUUGGCCUGGUGUCAAUGCUUAGCGCCAAGGCCAUGGGAGCCACCAAAGUCAUCAUUACCGAUUUGGCACAAAAUCGUCUCGACUUAGCAAAAGAUUUGGGCGCCGACUACACAGUUCUUCUGAAUAAGGAUAGUAAUGAAAAGGCCAUAGUCGAGCAGGUCCAUCAGCUUUUGGGGAAGGAGCCUGACAAGACCAUCGAGUGUUCUGGAGCUGAGAGCUCCAUCAGAAUUGCCAUUCAGGCCACAAAGUCAGGUGGAGUGGUUGUGGUGGUGGGAAUGGGAAGACCCGAAGCUACCGUUCCUCUGGUGAAUGCCCUUGUGAGAGAAGUGGAUAUUCGAGGUGUCUUCAGAUAUGCUAAUUGCUAUCCAUUGGCAUUGGAAAUGAUUGCGUCCGGCAAAGUUGACGUGAAGAAACUAAUCACGCAUAAUUACACUUUGGAAGAGACGCUCGCCGCAUUUGAAACUGCCAAAACUGGAGCUGGAGGCGCUGUCAAAAUCAUGAUCCAUUGCAAAAAAUAAGAUUACCUUUUAAGAAAUGUCAUCAAAAGAAAA